AAUGCAUGAUCACAAAUAACAAAGAGUAUGGGAACAGUCACCCUUGCUUCAGAGAUAUGAUUUCUUAUGGAAUAUAAUCAAGUACGUACUUCUGUACUAAUGAUCAAUGGUACACACAUUACAUAUAGGUGGUUAAACUAAGCUUUCGCGAAACCUGCAUGGAGGCAUGGAGACAUAGAACAAAACACUGUUGUUCUCUAGCUUAUAGAACCUCUCGAUUGCAGAUGGACACUCCAAAUAUGUCGAUCGAUCUAGCCCUAUAUAUAUAUGCAAUGAGUGUUUUCAGAUAAGUUGUGAAUACUAUGUUAAUAUAUGCGCACAAACUAUAAGGUAGCAGCACUGAAUUGCUAUACUGCAUGCUGAAGAACAUGGCGAGCACCUGACUAAACACUGCAAGCGAGAGCAGCACAGAAUUAACUUAGCUAGCUAGCCAAGCUCGAUCAGUCAAGCUGGAGGACGAAUUGUGGGUGCCAUCACCCAAGUUCACCAAGCAGUUUCUCAAUUCUUCCAGAUACUAAAGGGGCAGCAACAGCGAUAAUCGAGUGGUUACCAUUGUAUUUUCAAACCCUGCAGUGCAUUGAACAAGUUUGCACCCCCAAGUGCUUUUUCCUCGACUUAAAUUUGAGUAUAUAUAUAUAUCGCAGUGGAUCAUGGAAAUCAUGUUUUGCUUGAUUUUGUAUGUUUGGUACCUAAAAUAGUCCUCUGCCUUUCCCAUUCGACACUAAGUUUGAAACAUAUAUAUUGUUGCUCGUAGGGUAUAUAUAUAUAGAUGAAAUUAAUGUAGUGGGACACAAAAAAAAAGGUAUUUUGUGUGACCUAAUAAAACAUUAUUAUCAAAAUUAAUAUAUUUUGUAUAUGUCCACAAAUGAAGGAAGACUUAAGUCCCCGUUCUUUUAUCAUUACAGACACCAAAUUAUGCGAGGCACACUUUCCAAACACUCUCGAUUUUUGAGAAAACUUUCUUCAUCAGCAUUUCUUGAAAAAAAAUACCUUUUCUAAAUCAACUUAAGUUAUACGGUGGUUCUCUCAAACUCAGUUUCACCUAUUACCAUUUUUAAACAUGCUCUUAGGUUAAGUUUGGUAGACAACAGCCCUGACCUGCAUACCUUGUUGGUCUCUUCAUCCUAAAAAUCUAAAGAUCAAUCAUAAAUAUUCAUAUUUUUUUAAAAAAAAAAGGUAAGGAGGAGUACUUAAGGGUAGUGGUGUAGUUACAUAUAUAUAUAUAUAUAUAUAUGACUAUUCACCAAUAUUUAAAUCCGUGUCUAAAUUUUGCGCGCAUGCACGUACAUUUUCUAUAGACUCUAAUAACAAUCUCCGUAAGGAAAGAAACAUUGUGUUUGGUGUACACGUCGUCUUUCAUUAAAAAAUAAUUUUGAAGACAAAAGGUUGAAAAUAAACCUGCACUACUAAUUUUAAUUUAAAUGAAAAAAAAGAAUCUUCUCAUGAGCCAUGCAUGAUCCCUCUUUAUUUUUUCAAUAAAAUAAAAUAAAGAUCCAUGAGCCACUCCACCUUAGCUCCUAUAAAGACUCCCCCCCUCUCCCCUCCCCUUUCCUCUAAACCCCUUCCAAUAAUCCCUCACCAACCCAUACCCCCACACUCCCUCUCACACUCCACUCUAGCUAGCUAAGCUACCUUCUUACUCCAUUUGAGCAAACCAAAGCUCAUCUAGAGAGAGAGAGAGAGAUCUAGAGAGAGAAACCAGCAACCACUCUUCCUCCAUCUCCAUGAGCAAGAGACCAGAUCGUUCGUUCUAGAUUGUUCUAGCUAGAUAGCUUCAUCGUCAACCUUGGCAACGCCAAGAAAAUUAACCAGCAAGAACACAAGAAGCGGCGGCGGCGGCGAUGGAGGUGGCGACGAUGCUGACGCUGACGCUGCUGGCGUACUCGGCGGCGAUGCUGGCGCGGCUGCUGGUGGCGCGGUCCCGGCGGCGGCGGUGCUACCUCCUCGACUACGUGUGCUACAAGGCGACCGACGACCGGAAGCUCCCCACCGACCUGUGCGGCGAGAUCAUCCAGCGGAACAAGCUGCUGGGGCUGGAGGAGUACAAGUUCCUCCUCAAGGUCAUCGUCAACUCCGGCAUCGGCGAGGAGACCUACGGGCCCCGGAACAUCAUCGGCGGCGGCGACGCCCGCCCCGACCGCCUCGCCGAGGGGAUGGAGGAGAUGGACGAGACGUUCCACGCCGUGCUCGACGAGCUGUUCGCGCGCUCGUCCGCGGCGGGCGGCGGCGGCGUCCGCCCCGCCGACGUCGACCUCCUCGUCGUCAACGUGUCCAUGUUCUCGCCGGCGCCGUCGCUCUCCGCCCGCGUCGUGCGCCGCUACAACCUCCGGGAGGACGUGAAGGUGUACAACCUCACCGGCAUGGGAUGCAGCGCCACCCUCAUCGCCCUCGACCUCGUCAACAACUUCCUCAGGACGCACGCGAACAAGGUGGCGCUGGUGAUGACGUCGGAGUCGAUCGCCCCAAACUGGUACGCCGGGAACAAGCGCAGCUUCAUGCUGGGCAACUGCCUCUUCCGCUCCGGCGGCUGCGCCUACUUCCUCACCAACGACCCCCGCCACCGCCGCCACGCCAAGCUCCGCCUCCGCCACCUCGUCCGCACCCACACCGGCGCCUCCGACGACGCCUACUCCUGCGCCCUCCAGAUGGAGGACGACGCCGGCCGCCCGGGAUUCCACCUCGGCAAGGACCUCCCCCGCGCCGCCGUCCACGCCUUCGUCAAGAACCUCCGCCUCCUCGCCCCCCGCGUCCUCCCCCUCCCCGAGCUCCUCCGCCUCGCCUUCGCCACCUUCCUCUCCUCCGGCCGCCGCAGCGGCGGCAAGAAGACCUCGCCGUCGCAGCAGCCGCUCACCAUCCGCAUGAAGGCCGGCGUCGACCACUUCUGCGUGCACACCGGCGGCGCCGCGGUGAUCGACGGCGUCGGCAAGGGGCUCACCCUGACGGAGCACGACCUCGAGCCGUCGCGGAUGACGCUGCACAGGUUCGGGAACACGUCGGCGAGCAGCGUCUGGUACGUGCUCGGCUACAUGGAGGCCAAGCGCCGCCUCCGCCCCGGCGACCGCGUCCUCAUGCUCACCUUCGGCGCCGGCUUCAAGUGCAACAGCUGCGUCUGGACCGUCGAGAAGCCCGUCUCCGACGCCGGCGUCUGGAAGGACUGCAUCGACCACUACCCUCCCAAGGAGCUCGCCAACCCCUUCAUGGAGAAGUACGGCUUCGUCAAGGACAUGAUGAACUUGUGAUCGAUCCAUCAAAUUCCCCAAUUAAUUCCUCGAUCGAUCUCUCAAGAACCAAUAUAAUCAAUCGAUAUUGCAUGUGCUUGCUUGCGUGCAUGGAUUAAUUAAGCGAUCGGUUAGUUAAUUAAUUUUAUCGCCAUUUGCUGCAGCUCUGUUGAUGAUUAGGAUGAACAUUAUAUUUACAGGGAGGGGGAAGAAGAAGUAAGAACAAUCAAUGAGUUGAACAAAAAAAAAACUAAGGAUUCAAUUCAUAGGUACAUAUAGCAGCUUGUGAUUCCAUAAUUUUCUUUUCAGCAUGGUGGUAGUAUAUGGAUUUUAUUUAUUUAUCUUAUUUUUUUUGUUGUUGUUUGUAACUCUCUGUAUGUUGCUAGCUACGAGUGUCGUCCUAGCUGGUGGCAGGUGUUGUGUCUUUCAUUAAUUGUUCAUGGUGAUGGACUAUUUCUAUUCAAGGAUCAAAUUAAAUUAUUUUUUUUUGAAAGGAGGAUUAUUUAUCA